AUGGCAACUGGUAAAGUGCGGACAUAUUUGGAUAGUUUUAUAGAAGUUGGAUUUACAUCAAUCAACGACCAUGGUGUAGAGAAGCCACAAUGUGUUAUCUGCGGUGAAGUAUUCGCUGCCUCAUCGAUGAAGCGUAAUAUUUUGCAGCGACAUCUGAACCUUAAACAUCCUGCCUUCCCAAAUAGAAGUAAAGACUAUUUCGAGCGUAAGGCUGUGGCAAUGAAAGCAAGUCGUCUUGAUCAGACAGGACAUGUACAACGAAUCCAAGAAAAGCUUCUAGAAGCGUCGUUCCAUGUGGCUUACAGAAUUGCUAAGGCCAAGAAGCCUCAUACAAUCGCCGAAAAUUUGAUCAUGCCAUGUACCAAGGACAUUGUCAGAUUACUCAUUGGCGAGGACGCCGUUAAGAAAAUCAGCGGCUUGCCUGUUUCAGACAAUACUAUUCAGCGACGAAUCCAGGCAAUGUCCGAGAAUAUCGAAACUCAGCUUGUUACUCAGAUGACGUAA